AGGGCGGUCUCGUGACCCUCGAAGUGACGUCCCGGGCUCCGGCGCAAGCGGUGGUUCCCACCGCCCCCUCCCCGCUCCGGUCCCGGGCGCUGCCCCGGCUCGCCGCCAUGUAGCGAUGCCGCUCAUUGGCCGGUGCGCUCGUCCCGCCCACGGCGCUCUGCACUCCGAUAGGCGCGCCGUCCCGUCAGUCCGGCGCCGCGGCCGUUGCCAGGGUGAGGGCGCCGGCUGGCGCGGGUCCGCCAUGGCCGGCGUGGAGCUGUUCUCGCACCCGGCGUUCCGCACGCGCUACCGGGCCGGGCUCUGCUCGGGCGCGGCGCUGGCGCUGCUGCUCAUCGGGGCGCUCACCUACGUGCCGCCGCUGCUGCUGGCCUACCGGAGCCACGGUUUCUGGCUGAGGCAGAGCGCGUACCUGGAGCAGCCCACCGUGCGGUUCCGCUACGAGGUGCUCUUCGUAGCCACCACCGGGCCCGGGCCGGGCAGCUUCGUGGCGUGGAGCACCUUCCCGGCGUUCAACCGGCUCCAGGAGGAGCGGCUGCGCGUCCCGCUCCUGUCGACUAGAGAAGAAGACAAAAAUCAAGAUGGUAAAAUGGAUCAUUUAUAUUUUAAAUUGGAGCUUCCGCUACAAUCUACAGAACAUGUAGUUGGUGUUCAGCUGAUUCUGGUCUUUUCCUAUCAGCUUCAUAGAAUGUCAACAUUUGUGAUGCAGAGCAUGGCUUUCCUUCAGUUUUUUUCUCCUCUGCCAGGGUCUCACCUCUAUGUGAAUGGAGACCUGAAACUGAAACAGAGGCAAUUGCUUAACCAUUGUGGACUGGAUACCAGAUACAAUGUGUCUGUGAUCAAUGGCACAAGUCCUUUUGCAAGUGACUAUGAUCUAACAAACAUCAUUGCAGCAUAUCAAGAUAGAAACGUAACAACAGUCUUGUCAGAUCCCAACCCUGUUUGGAUGAUUGGAAGAGCAGCAGAUACACCAUUUAUCAUAAAUGCCACUAUCCACUACCCAGUGGAAAUUAUUUUAUAUCAGCCAGGAUUUUGGGAAAUGAUUAAAUUUGCCUGGAUCCAGUAUGUCAGCAUCCUACUUAUCUUUCUUUGGGUGUUUGGUAGGAUUAAAAUAUUUGUGUUCCAGAAUCAGGUGUUGACUACAACUCCGAUAUCACCAGUUCUGCCAGUGUCUCCAGUACUGACCUACAAACAGCACCAGUCCUGAGGAAAUGCUUGAAAAAAAUUUAAAGAAAUGCAGUACAAAAAUACAUACAUGCUUUUAUUCUCUGUACACUUCUUACUACUUAAGAUAAGAACAUUGUAAGUAUGUUCUGCGUAUGUUUGGUUCUUGCUUUGACAGUAAUUCUACCCCCCCCCCUUUUUUUCCUUAUACGUAUUCAUUCAUAUAUAGCUAUGGGAACACUGCUUUGGGACUGACAUUUUUAAUAUUUCAGACAGUUGAAGAACAACUGGUUACUUUUUGUAAUAGGAUUGUGUUUCAAAAACUUGUAGAAAUCAAUCAGACCUUGCUUUUGAAUGAUCUUAUUCUAGCUAAACCACGAAGACUGAAAAUGAUAUGGUAACAGUAGGAAUAUAAAGUAUUUUUGCUGUCUUGUAAAUAAAUUAACUGCUGAGUUUAGAAAAUAGAGUUCUGUUGCCUGUUUGUAUGUGCAUUCAUUUGCACUGUGAAAGGAAAGAAGCCAGUGAGACAAGGUGUGUGUGUGUGUGGGGGGGGGGAAUUUAAGGAUGAGAUGGGGUUAGAGCUACACUUCCCUAAGUAGUGGCUGUACAUGCUUACCAAUUUAGUUAUUAAAUUGGAUAAUGGAUAAGGUCAAGGUUGAUGUGACAAACUUGGUUGUGGGUGAUAGUAUCUGAUAAAUUUGUGCAGUCACUUGAUAUUGUUAUUGUAGCACUAGACCAUAAUUGUGGAUCCAGAAUAAUAAAACAGAGAAGCUUAGUGUUUGACUAAAGAAAACUAACAAAAAAACUACUAGUGAAACUGUAGCAUUUCAAAGCAAAUGAAAAAUUACUUUCGUAACUUACAUGACUCACAGUUCAGAUUGAGCAGAUCAAAAUUAAAUCAAUUAUAAUCACCUAGUGAGCAAUGAAAGACCACAGCCUUCAUUCCUGAGGAAAAACCAAUUAGUUAAUCUUAUUUUCUCUUUCGGGGCUUAUCCUUCACACUUAAAAGAAAGAGCAACAAAAUUUAAGUAAGUUUUCAGUUUUGUAUUUAAGAGUUAAUCCUAGCAAAGAGUGUCAGGGAGGGAGGAAGUCUAAAGCAGUUCUAGGUGACAGUUAAUAAAAAUGUUUAGUGUCUCUGGCUUUCUUGAACUCUUAAGACAUGGCUCAGCUAUUAAAUGUGGAAGAGCAACUUGAACAGCAGAACUCCAUCUUCUGGACUUGGCCCUGUGGAAUUGAACAUCCUAGUGGUUUGAAGACCUGGCUGCUCUCUUCCUCCCCCCUUCUCAAAACAAGCAGCUUGCUUUGAACUUCUGUUUCAACUUAUUUCAAACUUUGCAAUCUUGCAGCUUGCAUUUCUUCUAGCCACUAUGUGCUGGAUGGACUCUAACCUAUUCUUCAGUGUAAAUGAAAGAAUAACGUGGGGAGUGAUGUGUUGGCUAUUCAACAUGCUUCUGUGCUUGUGAAACUUACGUACUUGCAUGUGAGUUGUGAAUUAUUUUAAGGAGCAUUCACAAAAUAUAGUUUCUUCGUGCAAAGCC